CCUAAAAUUAUCUUAUUUUCCUUUUGUUUUACAACAAACACAAAUUGUUGGGUGAACAUAAAAAUUCGAUCUUUAUGAUAUAUUUUAUGAAAGGGGGGGGUUGUUUGAAACAUUGAUUAAGGCAAAAGGAAGAGAAAUUUACUGAAAGGGUUAAGAAAGGAAUGAAUUCAAAGGCUCUCAAUCCAAUUUCCAGGUAGUGUGUCCUUUGGCUUUGGCCCUUCCAUUUUUCUUCUCUUCCCAUCUUCCUCCAUUUUUCUGUUUCCUCUUCUUUCUACUUCCUGUUUCUUCUUGUUUAAAAAUUCCCCCAAUUUGUAGCUUAGUAUAAAGUGGGGGAAAGGGAAAGGAAGAAGAAAAUAAAUACGUUUAGCAUAGAAAUACAAAAACCUAAAAACUCUUUUCUUUUUUGUUUCUUGAAUGAUGGUUUGGACCUUUGGUCCUCCAUCUUCUUCUUCUUCUUCGUAUUUGCUUCCUUGGGUUCUUAGUUAACAAAUAAAACUAACCCUUUUUGUUGUUACUAAUUCAUUCCUCUUUCAAAUGCAAAUAUACCCAACUGGGGAUCUUUUACAUGUAAUCUUUUUGCUUUAACUUGCUUUGUUGUUCGUGAUCUCGCCGACUAUGUCGCAAGAUUCUUCUUCUUCUUCUCCUCCUCCGAUCCCCUGUGACCGAUCCUCCCCUGAGCCGCUUUCCCACAUCGAAAACCCCAACCCCAAUACGGCUAACGACGACCUUAUUGCUGAGAACGAACCCACGACCACAACGACUAACAGUGAACAGCCAACCACCAGAAGGAACCGACCCUCUCGGGCUUGUACUAUUCGUGCUGCCGAGCGGCUCUUGGCGGCUCAGUCAGUGGUCGAACGCAAGCCCAAGCCUAAAAAGGAGCAGCCAGAGGAGGAGUCGCCACAGCAGCAGCAAUGCAGCAAGAUCGUGACCCCGCUGGUUGAGGAGCCUUCGCCCUCACAGUUGCCGCGGUGGAGUCUCCGGUCCAAGUGGGAACUGGCGUCUGUACUUAAUUUCUUGCAUGUCUUUAGGCCACUAUUGAAUAUUCAUAAUGAAUUCACAGUGGAGGAGUUUGAGACGGCCUUGAUUACACCCAACGAUACUUUGAGUGACAUACACAUUCCAUUACUAAAGGCAAUUCCUCCUAUUACAAGAAUGGCCCUUACUCGGGGUACAUGGGUGACUGUAUUGUGCAGAAAAUUGCGAGAUUGGUGGCACUGGGUUGCUGAAGGGGAUCUGCCUAUUGUUGCUUCACACGGAGUCGAAAUUGAAGUUUAUAAAACUCUUGAUCCUGGGAUGCGUGUGGUCAUCUUGAAAGCACUAUGUGACAUCCGAGUUGAGCCAGUUAUAUGUUUAUAUUUUAGUGCCAUUGAAGUUCGACGAUCAGCAAGCUCCUCAAACAUCCACCCUUUCGUGAGAAGGGUUGUUUUCUUCAGUUUGCGGGGCUGUGUGCAAUUAUGUCGGAUCUUUGGGCAAGAAGAUGUCCGGAGCUACAUUGAAAAUUCACUAAAACAUGGAGUUCAACUUUCAGCAUUUCGCAAAGAACGAAUUGGUGGAGACUCUCAUGGAACUUAUUUCUGGUAUGAGGACGAUCCAAUAAUUGGUCAUCGUUUGUACCGUGAGAUUAGGAAAGUUGAGUUGAAAAAAGCCAAGUCCAAAGGUUCACAGGUCCUUCCUUGUACAACAUAUCAGUGGGAAACAGUUGCAACCAAUUUUGAUGAAUUUCAAGAUGUAUCAGAAAAGCUUUUUACAAGUAAAAAUCGAUCAGAGGCUUCCCUUGGAAAAAAGUUGAAGAUGGACAUGCUUCCCGAGAUCGAGAAGGUUCACAAGAGAAAAGAAAGGUUGCUGAAAAAACAGCAUAGGCAAGCUCUUCUUUUGGAUAAUUUUGCACUUGUAGAUGGGCUUGGUCCAGGACGCUCACUUCGCGACAGAAAGCCUGUCACUUAUACUUUUGAUGAUUAUGACCGAUCGAUCAAUGAGGCUAUCAAAACAACCAAGCGUAAGCCUCCAUCUCCAGAACCUAAUCAUAGAAGAGAAGCUGCUGUAAAGCUUGAACCUUCUGCGAAUGGAAAAUGGAGUGGUCCAUCAUAUCCAUCUCAAAACGCCAAUUUCAGUGCACUAUCUCCCAAAUCACCUGAUUAUGAUGAUGCCGAUGAAGACGACCAACUGUCCGAACAGUUGGAUCGCAGCAAUAGACGAAGGCAAAGGCCACAACGGUAUUCAGAAAGAGAUUAUGUGGAGGCAUUAUCAGAUAAUGAUGCAGAUUUUGACAGUGACGAUGACAUAGUUGGUGAAGCUGUAUAUGACGAGGAGUAUCUACGAAAACGGAAGCAGAGGAGGAAAACAUCCAGCAGUUCUGAAGGAGAUGAGGAGUAUCACUAUGAAGAAGAAAAUGAGGAAGAGGAGGAAGAAGAAGAAGAAUCCUUGAGCAUUAGUGAAGAUAGUGACCAGCCACGAAAAGUAAAAAAAUUGCCAGGACGUACACGGAGGGAAACGAAGUUAAGGUCUGUUGGUGAGAUUCAGUCGGGUCUCAGACGUAGUAAAAGGGCUACUCGGAGCAGAAUAAAUUAUGGACAGUAUGAUCUAUCAGAAUCUGAACCAGAGAAUAACAAAGUUAAAAAGACCAAUGCUGCAUCUGAUGAGCACACAGAUGCCAGUGAGAACGGGGAUUAUUCUGUUGAAAGUCAAGGGUCUGAUAAUGAGAAUGACGAAGAAGAUGAGGACCAAGAAAUGAAAGUUGAUCGACCUGAUGAAAUUUAUGCAGAGAACGUAGAGGAGCAAAAUCCUCCUGAAAAAUCGAAUAGCCCAGAUCAAGAUGAAACUGACGGUGCAAGAAAAACACGGUUUCUUGAUCUAAAUGAGCUUGCUCCCGGCUCUGGUUUUGAUGAUGCCCCAACUUCAGAAAUGAAAGAUGAUACAGAUGAUUUCUAGUAUCAUUUGUUUUGCUUGCUUAAUAGCAAUCGCUAUAAUUCUCUCUCGUCAAAUCGGGGUGUACGAUAGUAAACUAUAAAUUUUGUGGUAAGCCUGCAGAAGAUAUUAGUGUCGGAGUUCUUCCCCAGGCUAAUUCGAUCGAGCUGUGUCUUGGUGCGCAGCAAGGAGCAAAAGGAUGAUGAUGAGUUGAUAGAUUAGGGAGUCCAUUUUUUUUAGUAAUGUCCACAUUCAAUGAAAACCCAACAAUAGAUGGAAGGGGAAUUUGUUUGGUGUUUCUAUAGUUUUACUCAUCAGUGUACAAUAACCUUUUGACUAAUAUUGUAACCGAAAGAGUUGGCUUUUAGAUGUAUAAGCUCUAUCUAUUAUGAUACUGACUUUAAAUUUCCCCUCUAGAUAUAUUGGGUUGGAUGGGUCUGUUUUAAUUACUUGCAGCUAUUGUUCUCUUUUGUAAUGCAACCAUCCUCCCUCAAAUGAUUAGCUCACUUUGAUCA